AUGACCGCGAAAAGGAUAGUCUUGUCCGAGUAGGCGGUCGCGACCGCGGUCGGUUUUGACGAAACAUUCCAGUUGCAGUCAUAAGUCGCGACAGGUCGGUCUUUUUCGCGACCGUUUUGUGUUAUACAUUUCGAGUGAUAGUAAGUUUUGUAAUUGCGGUAUUUCGGGGUGUUGUCGUCCAGUUGCUUUGCAUUUUUGGUGUUAAAAAUUUAGUUGUAUUAUUUAGAGACCUCUGUUUGCUUUUCUAAUUUUGAAAACUUUGGUGUUAAUUGCAUGUUUUUUGUUUGACGUGUUCUAUGUGAAUAUUAUCCUAUUAUCGUGUGCUGUUUCAAUUCAUCCCAUCUCCAAUUUAUUUUGUUUCAGAAAAUGGAGCAGGAGGUUCUACGUACGCUCCGAGGGGAUGUGCCGAAAAAGGAGUACAACUUUAUCGAGUUGGAGCUCCAGGAGAGCUUCGCGAAGAUGGGGAUAGCGCCCGCGCACUCGGAGAGACUUGUGGACCAAUUGAACAAACUGACACUUGUCACCGAGCACAAAGAAGGUCGAGAUCUCUGCGAGCGGCGCAAAGUUACGCCAUCCAAUGGCAAGGCGCCUCCCGUGAUGCCACCAGGCAAAGCGGGAGAGAGUCAGGUGGAGGUCAAGUCCAACGUCUUCCCCAUGAAGCUGAAUGUGAAAGGCAAAGCCUUCCAGUACGCUAUCGUGCUGAUCGGCGAGUAUCAAGACAGAACUGGCAAAACCAAAACCUAUGCUUUCAAUGAGAUGCCUCACACGGAGUAAGUUGUUUAUCUUUCUUUGCAUUUUGUGUUUAGUUUCGAUCGCAUUAGGAACAAGGAGACAGCGUUCCGUAUCUUCCGUUAUAUGGUUGAGAAGCGUCCCAAAAUUUUUCCUCCGCUCGCUCAAUGCGCGUUUGAUGGUGAGACGUCCCUGUACACCGCCUUUCAGCCGAUUGUAAUGAGUCACGUAAGAGUUUACUUCAAGGGUUUAUAAAGUUGUGGCAUGAAUGAGAAGGUUUCAUGGUGAAAAUUACUUUCAGGCAACGCUGACUGUCAGCAUUGAGAGAGAAGAAGAUAAAGCCAACUUUCCGGUCCGUGAACCUUUCAUUUCCAUCGACAUGGUGAUCCGAGACAUGGACAUGCCGGUUGACUUGGAUGUGUACACUGAUCGUGGUGAGAUCACCGAUGUUAUCAGAAUCGAAAGCUGUCUGGAUGCGGUUGUGGGUAUGGCCAUUGAAGAGGACAGGUAGGUCGAAGUUUUUUGGAAGGUUUAUUGUUUUUAGGGAGAAUCAUGUGUGUUUCCAAAACAAUGCCAGUUAUUUGAUGGAUCCACUGAAACAUGGCUUCCAUCCGAAUGAUAUGCAGGAUCUCGGUCAUUGUACCUACUCUGGAAUUGGUUGCACCAAAAAUGUGCGCUUGCUCCGCUCGACGCAAGGACCUCUUCCUGCGUUGGUGAUUGAGCGUAAGUUUGCGAAACUCCGGGAUUAGAUUAAAACUUUUUCAGCGAAAGCGACCCCUUUUCACAGCACCGUAAGCGUUGCGGAGAAGGUCAUCACUGCCUACCCUGAAGUCCGUACGAAACUCAACGGUUUAUUCCCGCAAAUUACGGACGCGAUUAAAGGCCUAGUUGUUACGCCCAUCCAUUUGGAAAACAAGAUCCCGGGCAGGGAGCCACGCCCACUCCGUGUCAAAGGAGUUGAUGUCAGGAAUGCGUUUGACGCAACUUUUUAUCUCGAUGACAACACCGAGACCUCGGUUUACGACUACUACAAGGACAAGUACAAGAUCGAGUUGCAAUAUCCCAAAUUACCAAUGAUGCUGAUCUAUGAACACGACAAAACAAGAACCUCAUACCAUCCAAUGGAAUUGUACAGAGUUUGUGACAAUCAAAGAGUAAAGGGCGCGCAGUCUGUCCCGAUGAUGGUCGCCACUUUGAUUAAGGUAAGCAUGAGAAUUUUUUGGAAAAUGGCCGGAUCACGGUGAAAUUGCUGUUGGGAGUGAAUUUUUAAUGAUUUCAUGGAUUUAGGUCGCAGCCGCGCUUCCACAAAAGGUUGAGCAACAUGUAUACAAACAUGCAACCACCCUUCAUUUGCUCGAAAACAAGUACUUGCAUGGUUUUGGAGCUGAAGUCGGGACCACUCCGAUUGUUGUAAGUUUUGUUUUGUUUGUUUCAGUGGAAUUCUGUUUUUAGGCAAGAGGUCGGGUCCUUCAAGCCCCGGGCUUCAUGUACCGUGGAGGACAGAUCUCGUCUUUUGACAAAAUUCGAGGUAGCUGGCAGUCCGGCCACUUUGUGUGUCCCGCUCGCAUCACCAUGUGGGGUUGCUACGCCGCGGAGCAGAGUUUCAAAUCCAAGUUCAACCAGGAGAGUCUGCGGACGUUCGCCAAGGCCUUUUACGACAUGUGCGUGAGCAAGGGAAUGCAGAUCAAUGGGCCUGCCGAGAUCCGUUGCCUCGAAAACGGGUCUCAGUUUCAGAACAUUAAAAAUGUGUUUGAAAGUGCUUCAAGCGGAGGUGGAGAUUUUCUUCUGUUUGUCACCACGCCAGGAGACAAAAUUGUUCACAGUAAGUUUUUUCUUGAGAAAUUUAGCCUAUUUUUGAUUUGGCUGAUUUUGAGUGAAUUCUCCUCGUUUUUAGAGAUCAUGAAGUCCAUGGAGCGCAAAUGGGGUAUUGUCAGCCAGAACGUUUUGGACAAGACCGCAGCCAGUGCUUGUGGCCUCAUGGGACCACCUAAAAGAUUGACCUUGGAGAAUCUGGUGAAUAAGGCCAACGUUAAGAUGGGAGGCCUCAACUAUCAUGUCGCCGAUAUGCAAGCCAAGUAAGUUGUUUUCCAAGUUUCAUUCUUCUUGUUUUAGAACUCUGUUGGGAACCGACGAUCUGUUUAUCGGAUUUGCCAAAGAUCUCGGUGCUGGCAAUAUCAAGGAAGACGAACGGGAUGACGAAGGUACCGGCCCAACGAUCAUCGGAUUCGCCGCCAAUGACAUAAAAGAACCUUUGGCUUUUGUCGGAGAUUACCUUUUCCAGGAUCCCAGAAAGAAUGAACGUGUUUAUUUCGUCGUGAAGACGGUGGAAAGAAUCGUCAAAAGAUAUAUCGAGAACCGCGGGAAAAAGCCGAAGCGUGUGUUCAUCUACAGAAAUGGACUGGCUGAAUCACAUUUUCAAUUGGUAAUAAGCUUUGGGUUUUUAUUUGCGUCUAGGACUCGGGUCUCAUACCUAAAUUUAUUUAAUUGAAGGUUCUUACCUAUGAGAUCCCGGUGAUGAAGGCACUCUUGGCCAAGUACGAAGCUGGGGACUUGGUCUACAUUGUCCCGAACAAGAUGCACAACAUUCGCUUGUAUCCGGCCAGAAUUCAAGGAACCAAACCGCCGGAGCAGAACCUGAAACCCGGAACGGUGGUGGAUACCACAUUGGUGGCGUCCAAGUUGAACGAAUUCUACUGCUGUGCCCACGUGGCUCGUCUCGGAACAGCGAAGGUGCCCCGCUAUUCGGUGUUGAGCAACGAAGGAAAUUAUUCGAUGGACGAACUGCAGAAGAUCACCUACAUGCUGUCAUAUGGACAUCAGAUUAUCACUGGAGCGACUGGUCUCCCAUCUCCUGUAUUUAUCGCCCGAAGAUACGCCGAAAGAGGAAGAAAGAUUUUGAGCAUCAUUAUGCAUGAUGCGUAAGUUUUAUUUUAUUUUUUUGUGGUUGAAAUUUAGGACGGGCUUUUUUGAACCGACUAAAAUUUGGAUCUGAAUUCUGAAAAGAACUGUCAGGGAAUUUGGGAUUGAUUUAUAUUACCUAUAUUCUUCCCCUAUUUCAGUGAGACAAGAAAGGCCGAAAUGGAUGCCGACAAACCGGUGCGAGAUGCAAUCAUUGAAAAACAACUCAAGAAGUACCAGGAAGAACAACUGGGCAUGCAAAGCGACGAAGGACAGCAGGAGAAGAAGAACGGACACAGCAACACGUCUUCGGAAAGCGGCUUCAACCCUCUGGGCCAGUACGCUUUCUACAAUCGACGGUUCACCUACUAUGGAACCAAGCUCCGCAACCAACGGUACAAUGCCUAAAGGCCUCCAACUCAGCAAUAUCCCCCAAAAAUAUCAUAAUUCAUUAUAUUAUCCAUCUAUUCUCUACGUUACUCUUUUAUGGGUGAAUAACAAUUUUGUCUUAUUAUUUACCCGGACUUUUUUCAUUUUGAAAUGGUUUUACUGAUUAUCGUAAUUUUGUCUAUCAACCGUUAUGUUGUUUGAAUUUCUGAAUGGCCAUUAAAUGGCGUUUUUAUAUUGUUUUUACUAAUAAAUGGGAACGGCAAAUAUGUAGGCAUUGAUUGAAGAAAAUUAAUAUAUCCCAUUUUACGAAGAUAAACAAUGAAAUUACACCUUUUUAUUGACUUUAUCUGAUAAGUUUAUCAUGAUUUAGUCCAACGUCGUGUUCCGCAGACUGCAGGCGGGUCGCGCCCAAUAUUUUUGUUUUCUUUUUCCUUGGACACAAAAAUAUUUUGUUCUUCCUUGUUUUGGUCAUAAAAGGGGGAUCUAGGCGUUGUAAAGGUAUCAAAAUUAUACCACAUAGCGGUUUUCAUUGAUUUUAUAUGUUUUCUCCUUGGUUUGUUGGUUUUUCGUCCCAAGAUUUGAUAUUCUUCACUGAAAUCUAUUCGUGUUCGUGCAAAAAACAAAAUUAUCUUUGUUUCUCGAACUCUCCUUUACCUUCGCUUACGAAGCCUUUGAUAACAAAUUACUUUCAGCUAAAUUGGACCAGAUUUUUUCUGGUCUCUUCAUCUUCACCAUGGCCACCAAAAAUGCGAAGAAAUUCUGGACCGUGAAGAAGGUGGUGCAAUGCGCGGCAGUUGGAAGUGGAGCAUUUGCGUUCUCUCAGCUGCUGUUUGGGUCGGAAUGCUUCUAUUCGAAUGUGGUUAUGCCUACGGUGCACACUUUUGUGGACCCCGAGACAGCUCACAGAUGGGGUGUUUUGUCCGCCAAAUACGGGCUGAUCCCGAGGUUUGGCGACAACCUUAGAGAGUAUGGGCAACUGCAGACUACAGUGAUGGGAAUCGAUUUCAAAAACCCGGUUGGUAAGGUGUUCUAAUAGUAAAAAUUGAUAAUUUUGGAAAAAAAUCCCGUUUAUAACAUGUUUUAUUAGGUUGUCCCACAAAUAAUGUCCCUCUUUGAAAAAUUUACUUCUGCGACAAAAUUUACCGUAAUAGCAGCAAUCUAAUUAAUCAAAAUAAUUACCAUAUGCUUUAACAUGUUGAUUACAACGUGCCAAGCAUUUUUUUAUUCCAGUAGUUUAAAAGUCCCGGCUUCUGGAGCCGAUGAAACUUUUGGAGGCCUUUUCAAGGGCGUCUUAAUUGAUUAAUUUUCUACCACGGAUGAAACGUGGUAGAUCCUUGGACAGGUGGGAGUCUGCAUAGGCUAUCUUUAACGAAUAUACCAGACGAAGAAGAGUCUCGUAUCUCGGUUAAUUCGGCUUCUGGAGGGUAAUUUUUAGAAGGUGAGGUUGCGCGUUUCCGUUAAAAAUGUUCGAACUUCUGUGGCGUACCGUGGAAGGCCGAUUGUGCAACAAGCUGUCUAUGCAGGUACAGGAGGAGGUGGUGUUUACAUUUUGGCCCGGUUCCAGGAAUCAGUAAUGCACGAAUCCCACGUUGCGCCAUCAAAAAUUGACCGUCACCGUCUUCUAGAGGAACUCAGACUUUGGGACGUGCUGUGGUGGUACCCCGGGUGACCACCUUUGAUAAAAUCUUGCCUAGGUGCCGUAGUUGAUUCACAUUUUGUCACAAGCUAUGAUACGAUCCAGAAAAGCAGGAUCUUAGGCUCGGUAAAGCAAAAAAACGAAGCCUUCAUUCUGGGCCUUGGUCCAAUAAUAUGGGAAGAAUUUGUUGAGCUUUUUCUUGAAUUUAUCGACAUUGCACUGUUAUCCACCAAUAAUUUUGAUACCACCACAAUGCCGGAAAGGCGUCGGACGUGGAUUCCAUGACUUUCGUCGACCAAUGACCUCAGGGUAAAUUCGCAAAGCUGGCAUGACGUGUUUUUCCUUCGGGGUUCCUGUGGCUAGGUCGAAUUUUUUUAAACGCUCGUUUCACCGUGGCCGGACUCACAGCACACUGGCCGAACAUGGCGUUGACAUUUGGUGUAACUUCUAAAACCUUCGUACCCUGUUUUGCUCCCACAAGUUGAUGACACAAAUCGUCCCUUUUUCCGAAAUUUUGAAAUGGGGCUAAAUUACUGUAAUUUCAUCGAAAUAUGGCAGAUGACAUAUUAAACGAAAGCUUGAAAUCAUAGCUACAAAAUGGUAGAAUAUUACGAAAGUUGGUCGUUGCUUACGUUUUUUAUAGACCUUUGACUUGACCCCUCUCGAAGAGGGACAUUAUUUAUGGGACAACCUAAUAGAUAAUUUUUUGGUGAAAUUAGUUAUAAACUAGAUGAAUUGAUGGGUAAUUGUUAGAAUGGGAUAGUUUAGACUUGUGAUCAUUUCAUUUUUUGAUAUUUUCAGGCAUCGCCGCUGGCUUUGACAAGGACGGCGAGGCCAUCGAAGGACUUCAAAAUUCAGGAUUGGGAUUCGUCGAGAUCGGCUCUGUCACUCCCCGCCCGCAGGCUGGAAACGAAAAACCUCGAGUGUUCAGACUUCUAGAGGACAAGGCGCUCAUCAACCGGUAUGGAUUCAACAGUAAAGGUGUUGGUUACGUCAGCGACAAGGUGAAGAGCGUCUUCAAAGCCGAUGACCAUGAUGUAUUCAAGAAUCGAGUGCCACUAGGAGUCAAUUUGGGUAAGUUACAGAAUGCUUUGACAUUUAUCUCAUCAAAACUAUCAAAAUUUUGAGUUUUUUUAGUAUAAAAAUCUAUUAAAAAUCAAUUUUAUUUAAAUUUGGGUGCUUCAGGAAAGAACAAGGACUCUGAAUUCGCCGCAUUGGACUAUGAAAUCGGAGCCGAUUACUUUGCCAGGUUCUGCGAUUACCUCGUCAUCAACGUAUCUUCCCCCAACACCCCGGGUCUCCGAUCAUUGCAGUCCAAGAACGAAAUUGAAAAUGUAAGGCGAUUUGAUUGGAAAUUGGACGAUUGGGGAAAAGACGCUUGGGGAAACCGAAAAGUUUUAUUUUUCUUCGAUGCAAGUGUCGAAAUCAAGAUAAUCGAGGGCGCUGAUUUCGAAAAUGGCAUUCAUUUUUUUGAUAGUUACUUUUUUCUUUAAGUAGUACUGUAAAGUAGUAAUUUUUUGAAUUUUUUUCGUAAAUGCCCAUCGAAAACCCCUGAAUCGAGUAUUUGUGAAAAAAAUUCAAAGGAUUACUAAUUUGGCUUUUAUGCGUUAGUGGUGUUGUUCUGGUGCCUAGUGCUGCUAUUUUCACCUCGUACUAUAUUGUAUCACGUAGUACCAAAUAGCACCAAGUCUUUAAAAAGUGUUUUUGAAGAGUACUAAGCAUCAAAACAACACCAUUAACGUCAAAAGUCAUAUUUUCACCUGGUACUACAUAGUAUCAGAUAUUACUAUAUAGUACUAGAGGAAAGGUUAACAUGAUUUUCAAAAUCAUCACCAUCGAAAACUCCUAAAUCGAGUAUUUGCGAAAAAAUGCAAAAAAUUACUACUUUACAGUGCAGCCUAAGGAAAGAAGUAAAGAUCAAAAAAAAAAAAUUAAUGUCAUUUUCGAAAUCAGCCUCAUUGAUUAUCCCAAUUUCGGCACAUCGAAGAAAAAUAAAACUUUCCGGUUUCCCCAAUCGUAUUUUUCCCCAACCGUCCACCCCCGAUUUGAUUUUUAUGGAUGUAUUUUGAAAUUUUUUUCAGAUUCUCUCCACCUUCAACGCUGCCGUGGAUCGAACAGCCGCUGAAAGUGGCCGCAGACCGAAAGUUUUGCUAAAAAUUACAUCUGAUUUGAAUCCCACGGAUCGAAGAGACAUUGCCAAUGUAGCCAUGAAUCCGAAGAACAAAGUGGAUGGACUUAUCAUUUCGAACACGACAAUAGCCCGUCCUCAGGAAUUGAAAUGCCCAUUGAAGGCGGAAGCCGGUGGUUUGAGUGGAGAACCCUUGAAGAAACCGAGCACAGAGUGCAUCAAGGAGAUUUACAGGUAAUUUGGGGGGAAAGGCUGACAGGGGAAAGUACCCCAAGUGCGACGCUAAGAUUUUGGUGAAACUUGGCACAAAUUUAGAAUGAUUUUUUAGAAAAUAUAUUCGAGAAUCCUAGCUCGCGCUGUGCAGAAACAACCGAGAUUUUUAGAUUGAAAGUUGGCGAAAAUUUGACACUUUUUGUCGAAUUUCGGCAAAAAGUUUCAUGCCUAUUUCAACCCUAGAGGGUAAUUUUUCCGCAAAAAAUCAAUUUUUUCCGCACGAAACUAGAAAAGUUGUGAUCAAAAAGUGUUUUAUUUCUCUGACCGUGUUUAACGUACUCUCUCGGCGGCAAAGAUCGUUUAAUAUAUCGGCGGCGCUUGAAAUGCGCGAGCUAAAACUUUCUGGAAUUGAUACUUAGUUCAUGGCCGACGUGUGUGCAAAAUUUAAAGAAAAUCUGAGCAUCGCACUUAGAGUACUUCCCUUGUGAGUUUAGAGAGGGACUCGUCUCUUUAUGGGGUUUAAACAUCACGAUCUUCUGGAUUGAUCUUUUUUGUUCUAAAUUUAUGCGUUCCCGCUACCUUUUGCUUUAUGACUUUGCCCAUAUUUAUUUAUUUUUAUAACUUCUAGACUCACAAAAGGCCAAGUACCGAUCAUUGGAGUUGGUGGAGUAUCAAAUGGGACGGACGCGUAUGAGAAGAUCAGAGCCGGCGCAAGCCUGGUCCAGUUCUACACAGCCUUAGCCUAUGAGGGAUGGCCGGUGAUAGGAAAGAUCAAGAAGGAGCUACGAGAACACCUUAUCCAUGACGGCUUCGGGUCUGUAAAAGCCGCUGUUGGGGCUGAUGUGCGAUUAGAAGAAGAGAAAAAGGCCUUGAUCACGGCACAAAAAUCCUGGUGGCGACUGUGGUAA